AGAACUUAGCCUUGAAAUUGCUGGUUCUCAAAACGAUCAGCCACGAAGUAGAGUUGCAGAUAUCAAUGGCUACUCUCGCUUCCUCAUCUUCCUCUCUUCUCUUUUCCUCACCAGCUAACAAGCUCCCUCUGUCUUCUUCUUUUCCUAUUUCACGCUUAUCUACCUCUUCCUUCUCUCCUUCCUCAUCUCUUUCCUCGUCUCUCUCCAGUUCUCGUUUCUUUAGGUACUCAACAAGCUCCAAACGGUUUUCCGCUUCUUCCUUUACAAUCAAGGCCAGUGCGGCAGAGAACAAGAAGGUUCUUAUAAUUAAUACCAACAGCGGAGGCCAUGCAGUGAUUGGAUUCUCCUUUGCCAAAGAGCUUCUCAGUAAUGGCUUUGAGGUUACUGUACUGACCGUCGGGGAAGAAGGCUCGGAAAAGAUGAAGAAACCUCCAUUCAACAGAUUCUCUGAAAUCGUGAGUGGUGGAGGAAAGACCGUGUGGGGAAACCCUUCAGAAGUUGGGAAGGUAUUGGAAGGUGAAAGGUUUGAUGUUGUAUUGGAUAAUAAUGGCAAGGAUCUGGACACUGUGAGGCCUGUAGUAGACUGGGCCAAAAGUGCUGGCGUGAAGCAAUUCCUGUACAUCAGCAGCGCUGGAAUUUACAAACCGACUGAUGAACCUCCUCACGUUGAAGGGGAUGUUGUGAAAGCCGAUGCUAGUCAUGUCGGAGUUGAGAAAUACAUUGCAGAAAUUUUCAGCAAUUGGGCAGUAUUCCGGCCCCAGUACAUGAUCGGAUCCGGCAACAAUAAAGACUGUGAAGAGUGGUUCUUUGAUAGAAUUGUCCGGAACAGACCAGUACCAAUCCCUGGCUCAGGAAUGCAACUCACAAAUAUUUCCCAUGUGAGAGAUUUGUCCUCCAUGCUCACUUCGGCUGUUCAAAAUCCAGAUGCAGCAUCUGGCAAUAUCUUCAACUGCGUGAGUGACCGUGCCGUGACGCUUGAUGGGAUGGCAAAACUUUGUGCUCGAGCUGCAGGCUUGUCAGUUGAGAUUGUGCAUUAUGACCCAAAGGCUGUUGGAAUUGAUGCAAAGAAAGCUUUUCCUUUCCGAAAUAUGCAUUUUUAUGCAGAGCCAAGAGCUGCCAAGGAUAUUUUGGGGUGGCGGAGUAGUACAAAUCUUCCAGAGGACUUGAAGGAGCGAUUUGACGAGUACGUAAAGAUUGGCCGAGACAAGAAGGCCAUGCAAUUCGAGACAGAUGAGAAGAUACUUGAGUCGCUAAAAGUCACAGUAGCUGCUUAAAUUGAGAGAAACUCUGUAAAUGUUUUGAGAAUCUGUACUUACCGUGAGCGAGUACAUAAAAAGCAGGAUUUAUUUAUUCACAUAAGAGAGAAUAUGUGAAAUACAUAAAAAGCAGCAAUGAGUCAUUAAGUGCACUUUCCGAAAGCCACUACAUUGCUUCUAGAAAA